AGCUUCGUCUGUUUCGACGCUUUCGUUUGUGUUCUUUGUUGUUUAGAGAGGACUGUGGGGUCUUUUCAUAGCCUACAAUUUAGCGGAGAGCGUUUUACGCACAGGUGGGAGAUACCCGCUCGGCGUGCUGUAGGACAGCCCCCCUCUCUGCUCCCCGGCGGAUGAUGUGAGGAAGUGACAUUUUUCACGGCUGCGGUUCGGGACAGCACACUGCUCCGCUGCAAACAGGUGUGCAGCCGUCCGGGUCACUUUUCUUGGGAAACAACAGAGAGGCAGCAUCCCGAACCCGUAACCAAGCCUCCUUUUACACGGGACGGCGGGGACCCGAGGACGAGGAUCAACCCGGUCAAGUCUUUAUUAGCCUGGGCUGUUUGAACGGGCUGAGACACACAGAGAGAGAGAGAGAGAGAGAGAGAGAGAGAGAGAGAGAGAGAGAGAGAGAGAGAGAGAGAGAGAUGGCAACGAAAAAGGCGUGCGUGGAUGCGCCUAAAAGGAGCCGGAGUCCGGUCGUGUUGGAGGCGGAGAUGUUCAGUGAAUUUCAGGACUGGUGUCUCCGGACUUAUGGAGACUCCGGCAAAACAAAGACCGUCACCCGGCGAAAAUAUAACAAAAUCAUGCAGACACUGUUGCAGAACGAGGAGUCGGACGGCGUUUAUAUCGACAACAGCCACAUCAACGCCAAAUUCAAAUUUUGGGUGAAGUCUAAAGGAUUCCAGGUCGGGACCAACGUGUUGGGAGAGCACAACAAGAAGGGAGCUCCGGGGAAACCCGUUCUGUAUGUCCCGGUCAAGACAACGUGCUCGGACGGGAAUUCGGCCCAAGACAACUCGUCCCUGAAGCGUGUAGCCGUGGUGGAAGAUUUCUUCGACAUCAUCUAUGCCAUGCAUGUGGAGAUGGGCGCCGACCCGGGAAGAGCGCCCAAACAUGCGGGCCAAAAGAAGACCUACAAAGCGAUAGCAGAGACCUACCCCUUCCUGCACAAAGAGGCGGUGACUCGGUUCCUAAUGAGCUGUGGAGAGUGUCAGAAGAGGAUGCACAUCAACCCGAGCACCGCCGAGUUCAAAGAAAACGACAGACCCACCUCACUGGUCCCGGACCUCAUUGAUUACAACAUGCCUCUCACUGCCACCUACCUGAAACAAAUGAAGCUGCAGUGCAUGACGGCCACCGAAAGGGAUGACAGUUCGAUGAGCAGCGAGGACAUGAACGGCGUUGAGCCCACCUGGGUCGCAGCUGAGCCGCCACCAGUGCCCGAGCCCAGUCCGCCGAACGGAGAGCGGGUCAGCGACCCGGCCCCCCUUAAAGAAGAGGAUGAUGACGUCUCCUCGGAGAGCGGCAGCGCCAACGGGCUCCCGGCCCUGACCUCCCCUGAGGCGCCGGCCGUGGGCGGGAACCCCCCAGAUGGCGGGGCCCCUUACGGGGAGGUGACAGAGAACGGGUCGAGCGCCCCCCUGGACUUCAGCACCACCUCGCCCUCGUCCACCUCCGAGGAUCAGCAGCCGGUCAAUCUGAGCGACAGACUGCUGCCGGCGGGGAGCUCGCCACCGAACUCGUACGCCGCAGACGGCGGCAGGAAGUACCCGAUCAAAACAGAGUACGGCAAUAAGUCCCCUCUUUACAGCUCCGGGAGCUAUGACUCUGUGAAGACCGAGCUGAGCAUGAGCGCCGAGGAUCUGACCUCUGGUCGGGCUCAGAUGAUUGACGACGACGACGACGAUCACGACGACCACGAUGACAGCGACAAGAUCAACGACGCCGAGGGCAUGGACCCCGAGAGACUCAAAGCCUUCAAUAUGUUUGUGCGUCUGUUCGUGGACGAGAAUCUGGACCGCAUGGUGCCCAUCUCCAAACAGCCCAAGGAGAAGAUCCAAGCCAUCAUCGAGUCCUGUAGCCGCCAGUUCCCCGAGUUUCAGGAGCGCUCCCGCAAGCGCAUCCGCACCUACCUCAAAUCUUGCCGCCGUAUGAAAAAGGGGGGUUUUGAGAUUCGACCAACACCUCCUCACCUCACGUCCGCCAUGGCUGAGAACAUCCUCGCUGCCGCCUGUGAGAACGAGACCCGAAACGCUGCCAAGAGGAUGCGGCUCGACGUCUACCAAGCGGAUGAACCUGCCUCCGACAAGACCAACUCAAGGGACGCGGCCUCUGUGGCGCCGUCAGGUUUCACCAUCUCAAGCGCGGCUUUUGCCCAAGACCAGCUCUACACCAACGGAGGCCUCAACUACAACCUGCGGGGGUACGGGACAGUCGGCAGCAGCCAGCCGAGCUCUGGUGCUGCACACGCUAACGGUCCCACGGAUCUGAGUAUGAAAUCAGUCGGCUCGAACUCCACCUCCUCCAGCUCCAACAGUCACGGUCAGGGCGGCGGCGGCGGCGGGGCUUCGGCUGAGCUCAGCCCUCCGGAGGUCACGGCGGUGAGGCAGCUCAUCGCGGGAUACCGGGAGUCGGCCGCCUUCCUGCUCCGCUCGGCGGACGAGCUGGAGAGCCUGAUCCUGCAGCAGAACUGAGUUUGAGCCGAAACCCUCUCACAGCCCAUCCAUCUCUGCACGGGGUCACACACCUCCGGGCAGACGUUCAUACAAAGACGCAGAUGUGUGCGAGUGAUACUGCAGCACACAGUGGGUCCUGUAGGUACGGUACCUUCACUUACUCCCGACUGCGUCUAUGGGUUCGGACGGGGCCAGAACAUAUCACGGCUGACAAAUGUUUAGUUAUGCAUUUGGUUCACUUUGACCUUACAGUGCCCUGUUAUCUGUAGCCAUUCAUCCCAUUCAGUUCAUUUGAACCCUUCAACCUCCAUUUGUCUCAGGAAGCGAUGAUCUAUGUGAAAGAGUUGUCUUCAUCGGUGCACAACCGGAACCCUAAAUUAGCUGCGACCACGAUGCCGCAUUGGCUUGUUUAUGCAGAUGUUUGGAGAAAUUGAAAUGGUUAAAUGGCAGCGAUUUUGUGUCUUGUUUCUAUUUAUACACCGACGAACCGUAGGCUGUACAGUGGCAUUGUCUGAUUCAGUCUUCUGAAUCGAGUCAUUCCUAAACAAUUAUUCUCUCCGAAUUCACUUCUGUCUCACGGAGAGUUUGGAGGAUUGUUUUCUGAAGGUCUGCAGACAAAUUGCUGCUAAAUCCGCUGACCUCAACAGUUACUGAAGGAUGCGCUGACCUAAAUAUACCCAAAAAGCAAAAUAAGGACAGGACAGUUUGUGAAAGCUGAGACGUUUCGACCAACAGAUCCGUCAAACCUUUUACCUCGGCCCUGCUCUGGUGGAAGAGUUUCCAGAAGCUCAGACAUGUGGUUACUACGAGAAAAAAGACUCAUUACCCAACGUUACUUUAUUAUGGUUAUUUCUAUCACGGGCAACUACUCAUUAUUUAAAUAUGAACAGAGGCUUUUAUUAAGCCUGGGUAUGCAAAUUGAGGUCACAGACACCUGUCAGGGAAAAAAGGAGAUUAAUAUAUUGUUCAGACGUUUGGUUUAUAACCAGUACUACUGGAAAAGAAGAAAACGGUGCAAUAUUGAAGAUAAUCAGUAAGGGUGUGCUUACUGAAAUGACUGUCAGACUUUUUGAAGCAUUUAGGGCAAAAAGGCAAAGUACUUUACCACAAUCUCCUCUCGCUGUAACUGUCAAGUUGAUAAAAAAAACAAAAACAGAAAGGAUUUCCCAUGCAGCAUUGUAGCCAAUUUCAAUGUUGUUUGUUGUGAAGCUUCAUCGCGAACCUCUUAACUGAGGCACUUUCAUGUAUUGGGAUCAGUCAUCCGUAGUCAAAACCGAAAUGGGACCUGGCAGAAAAAUGAGACUUAAUGUUGCACGUCUUCUUUUCUGUUCUUUUUUUACUUUUGAAGUGAUUUUUGGAGUCUUUUUUUUGCAAAGGAAUCGUCCCGCGCGUGUUUUGUAAGUUAAAAAGGAGCACACGGAGCUCACGCGCAUCGCUGUAACCCUGACAACCACGUGGCUUUACUGGAUGUAGUGAGUGUGCGUGGGCCGUGUCGUCCCCCUCCGACCUCAGCUGUGUCGAACCCUCUCUGAUGUCCAUCGUAGAUGUCGUGUCUGAAAACACACCGUCUGAAAAGAAGCAAGAGACAAUCUUUGAAAAAGAUGUGAUCGCAUCACAGUUUACUCUCCCAGCUUUCUGCAAGUGUGUGUUUGUGUGUUUGCGUGUGUGUGUGUGUGUGUGUGUGUGUGUGUGUGUGGGGGUUGUUGGUCUGAGGGCACACUCGAGUACACAAAGCAGAUGUAGAGCACAGUCUCACAGCAGACACUUUUAAUGGUGAGUCACUCGGCACAAAAUCAUGUUUUGUAAGUUUGUGUGUGUGUGUGUGUGUGUGUCUUUUUUAAAUUAUUUUUUUGUUGUCAACGUACGUGUUGGUAUUGACAGUAUGUUUAUGGUUUUCUGUUUGUGUAUAAGUGGAGUGACCCAGUUUGUACCACAUCAAUCUGUGAGUAUUUAAUUCAGUAGGCUGACACAUUCCAAACUAGGACAAUGACUCUUCAAGCAGCCGAAAAAAUGGCUCGCACCUUAUCGAUCAGUCAAAGUUUAGAGAGAUAUAUUUCUGUAUUUAUCACAAAUCUUAGCAUAUUUAUCAGUUAUUUAUGAGGAAUCAGUCUAUUUCUCAACACCACCAGGCUGGUCUACAGUUUGAUUUGCAGGCUAAACAACCAUUUCACAUUUUUAUUCCAAUGUCACGAUUGGGAUGCACAACAUUUACAUUAUUUUCAACUAUUGCAAGUUUGGAAGCACUUUAUAGCUCAGGAUUAAGGUAACAAAACAGUGAUUUGAGUGUGUCUUUACCUCAUUUGGAUUAUCAGCUUCAGUUCAAUCAUAGUAAGAACUGAUUAUGACAAAGGACAGAAGCGGCACUCGUUCUGCUUUAUUGAUGGAAAAAGCGAACGGCUCCUUUUCAUAAACCUUGGAGCAGCGUUUGAAGGCGUCCCAGAGGGGUGUUCAACGAAGGGGACUCGGAGGAGCAAGGCUCAUUGUCAAAGGUCCGGCCCGGAGCUGAAUCGGGUUUAUUUCAUGAUGAGCGGCGGCUCGCAGGGUCAAACCUACACAGAAUUUAUCACACGUAUUCACAGCUCGCCUUGACAAAUUUAGAGUGUGUUUAGUCAUUUGGUUGCAGUGCGUUUACAAGCACACAUAUCGACUUGAAUCCGGUGAAGGAUGACGGAUUCAUCGUAAAAACACUGUUUAAGCCUGAGCUGAACCUAAGGCCGGAAGCCAACUGGAGCCAAACCCGGUUGACCUGCUGACUCACUGGAAUACGCCCAGUUCAGCGGCUUUACGAAACACCCCUCAGGGCUCAAUCAGACGUAAUCAUAGAUGUACGUGGGACCUGAGUCCUCACACAUGUCUUCCUUGUCUCCUCCAACCUGCUCGUUCAUCACUGCAACCACAGCAGACCAUCUCCCCUCGCGCCAAACUCAGUGAUGUCCCGCCGUCCCGUUCUCACAACCAAACGUCAGCUUGCAGAGUUGUAAACUUAAGAAGUUACUGUGAUCACUGGCAACCACUGGUUGUCAUGUUGUUGUUUUGUUUUUUUCUAAUUAUGCCCAAUGGAUUUUCUCUUUGUAUUGACUGGACAAUGUAAUCUAGUGGUGUUAAAAUGCCCUGGUAGCUUGUGGAUUGCUUAAGUGGUCAGAUAAAUGUACUGUAUAGCUGUACAAAGAGUGAUAAAAGAUGUUUUAAACCUUUUUUUUUUUUGUGGGUACAGCGCUGAAAAAAAAAGUCAAAGUGGUUUUAGUCUUUGCUUGUUUUAACUUAUCUUUUGGUUGUGGUCUGUAUUACUUCUAUUGUUAUUUAUAUUAUUUCAACUGUUGCCUCUCCUGCACCGAUAAGAGACUGUAGCUCUGUGCAGGAGGUUGUACUGUAAACCCGUGUGAAGCUUUGUAUUUCCCCUCUGGUUUUUGGACUCAGUGAAAGUGUGAUGUUUACAUGUACAGUUUUCCAGAAUACAUUUGUGUUUUAUUCAGUCUAUAUUUUGUUUUCCUCACUUAUACCCAGAAUCUGUGUAUAUUUGCCCAGAUAGUUUCCUCUUUUUUUUCUUGCUCCAUUGCAUCAAAGUGCAGGCGCGACGUGGUCACGAGGGCAUGAAGUGCGCCGUGGCAGCUGGAUCGGGUCGCCUCGGUGUUGUGGUGGCUUUCAGCAUUUAAAAACAAAACAAAAAAAGCGGUAAAUCUUAAGUAAAAGCGAAGCUUCACAACUUCUCAAAGUGGACCAGCAAAGAUUUGUUAAGGAUCCACUUUAAUCAACUCUUUUAGAAUACUUUGGUGGCCUAAAUGGAGAUCGGUGGGGUGUAGGUACAUUUAUUAUACUACAUUAAGUGCUCAGAACCUCUUAAUAUCCCGGCUACGUUGUCAGGGAGAACUCCUUGUCCUUAACUCGAUUGGUACCCUGGAAGGUACACUUUGACCUGUUGUAAUAUCUCCAUGGUAACAUAAAAGCCAUUCCCCUCUCCUGGCCUUUUUAAGGGGAACCCAUAAACCUCAGGAAAUACUGAAUCUCCGAGUUUAGUUUUUAUCCAGUGAUUUCUUCAGAAGUGAGAUUUAAAUCUCUCAACGAAAACCAUCAACAUUUAUAUGAGAUUGUCUAUUGUUUUGUACAUUCAUCAUUGUGAUUUAAAAGUGGAACUUUUUUCCAGUACCUGUGACCUAAUAGUUUGAUUUUUUUUUUGGAGUGUUUAUAGGUAUGGAUAUUUAUUAUUAUAUGUGGAACAAAAAGACAAAAGAAAAGGUUGAACCUGUUUCAUUUGUAUGUUUCAUGCAAAACUGUCCAGGUGAGAUUAUCUCUGCCUCUUACAUAUCACUGAUGAGGGACCUGUGUUUGUUUGGAAAUAGCGCUUUUUCAGUGUUGCAUCAACGCUAUGAAAAAAAGAAAAAAAAAAAAAAACACCAGUGGUUUACCAACAGCAGAGCUCCAAGGCGCUCCUCUUCUCCUGAGAUGUCAGUAAUUGAAUAAAACAGUGCGAUGAGCCAUCAAACUGA